GGUGCCCUAGUGAAAUACUGCCAAAGCGUCAAUUGAUAUUGUCAAUGUCACUUUCUUGCAAGUCGCCAAGUUACAGGCAAUUUUGUUGACUGUUUAGGUUGGAUUUCUGAGUUAUUUUAGAGAAAUAAAAUAGUUUAUCCUAAAAAAUCAUUGAAUUGCAAAAAUGUCGUCAAGAUAUGAUCGUGCAAUCACCGUAUUCUCUCCUGAUGGACAUUUAUUGCAAGUUGAGUAUGCACAAGAAGCGGUUCGAAAAGGAUCCACCGCAGUAGGUGUUAGGGGAACGAAUGCUGUAGUUCUAGGGGUAGAAAAAAAGUCCGUUGCUAAACUCCAAGAAGAACGCACAGUGAGGAAGAUUUGUCUUUUGGAUGAGCAUGUCGUUAUGGCGUUUGCAGGACUAACCGCCGAUGCAAGAAUUUUGAUUAAUAGAGCUCAAAUCGAGUGUCAAAGCCAUAAGCUCACUGUUGAAGAUCCUGUAACAUUGGAGUAUAUUACACGAUACAUAGCAAGUCUGAAGCAAAAGUAUACGCAAAGUAAUGGUAGAAGACCAUUUGGCAUUUCCUGCUUAAUUGGUGGCUUUGAUUAUGAUGGAACUCCUCAUUUAUAUCAAACUGAACCUUCUGGAAUAUACUACGAAUGGAAAGCCAAUGCUACUGGUAGAUCUGCCAAAACAGUGAGGGAGUUUUUGGAGAAAUACUAUACUUCUGAGGAAGUUUCAACAGAGAGAGGUACUAUUAAAUUAGCCAUACGAGCCCUACUGGAAGUUGUUCAAUCUGGGCAGAAAAAUCUUGAGAUUGCUGUAAUGAGACAUGGAGCGCCAAUAAGCAUGUUGGAUGCCGAGACUAUAGAAAAAUAUGUAAAUGAAAUUGAAAAAGAAAAAGAAGAGGAAGCUGAGAAAAAGAAGUCCAAGAAAUAAUUUUUUAAGGCAAAUAUUGGUUAAAGUUAAGUCUUCAUGUAUUUUGCAGUAAAACGGUAAAAUGGUAAA